AUGGACUUCCUUAAAUCUGCUGUAGCCUCUGCGAUUGCAAAGAGCAGCUCAUUCCCAUAUUCCUUUGGAGACAAGGUUGAUAACAGCGACUCGAUUUGGACCCUUCACAAUGGCACCAAAAAGAAUAGGUCGCAUCUCCCACUUGCGAAGAACGCGCUGCGGAAGCUACGGACACUAAGACAUCCAGGGGUGAUAAAGGUCCUAGAAACAAUCGAGACAUAUGGGAGUUUAUUGCCCGAUUCAAGGCGGUAUAACCCCCCAGAAAUUUUGAAGGAAGGAUGGGACGUUAUAAAGAAUAAUCCACUUCAUGCCGUGGAUGCAUAUAGUUUUGGAGCGGUUGUAUUUGAAGCCUUCAAUGGAUCUUUCAAAGGGGGUGAACAAGCAGGGCAGACUUCAAAUAUACCCCCCAGCAUGCGGCCGAGCUAUAAAAAACUUAUGAAUGCAAACCCAAAACUACGACUAAGUGUAGCGCAUUUUCUUGACCAAGGGAAGCGUUCAGGGGGCUUCUUCCAGACUCCAUUAAUUCGACUGUCUCAAGAUAUUGAAAGCCUAGGGCUUAAGAGUGAUGAGGAAAGAGAACAGUUUAUUAAUGAUGCUAAUAAGAGUAGUGAGCUAGAUGAAUUAUCAGAUGACUACCCGGAAGAGUUCUUUAAAAUGAAAGUAUUGCCUGAACUCCUAAAAUCUGUGGAAUUUGGUGGAGGCGGCCCAAAAGUACUUUCAACUAUUUUGAAAGUCGGAACCAAACUUAAUGACGAUGAAUACACCCAAAAGCUUACACCGGUCAUUGUUCGGUUGUUCGCAAACCCAGAUCGAGCUAUGCGCGUGUGUUUACUGGAUAAUCUUCCCAUUAUGAUCGAUCGUAUACCCCAAAGGACUGUGAAUGACAAAAUAUUCCCCCAAAUGUCUCGGCCAAAGAUCCUUGUUGCUGCUUUCUCUCGCUCCUUGAGAGACCCGUUUGUUCAUGCACGGAACGCUGGACUUCUGGCUCUAGCAGCAACAUUCGACCUCUUCUCCGAAGAGGACUGUGCUGCCAAAGUACUACCCAUCAUUACCCCUGCGCUCAUAGAUAGGGAAAAGCUUGUUCGUGAUCAGGCAAACAAAUGCGUUGACAUAUACUUGCAGCGGGUGCGCAAAUUUGCUUCGAAUAUGGCAGAUACGGCACUUCCAUCCCAGGAACGAGCAGACUCAUCGGUAUCAGCAACCAGGCUUCCCAGCCCAAGCAACACGGCAGCUUCCUGGGCCGGAUGGGCCAUAUCUUCAUUCGCGAGCAAAGCAGGAGAAACUAAGGGGGUUAUCGAACCAAUCCAGCCAAUCCUACCAAAAUCCAAUGGUAAACCAGUACAUAAUUCUUUGCCAACUUCCCAAGCUGGGCCUGCAAUUCCUACCCUUGCUCAAAACGUUGCACAAUUCUCGCAAAUGCCAACCAGUACGGCUACCCAAGCUGUGCCUGAUUUACUAGAAGAUGAAGAUGAAAGUAAUGCGUUCGAAGACUGGGGCGCAAUGGACGAGGUCAUUGAUGACGAGGCAGAAGCACAUGGGCAGGAAGAGACCCUCUUUGAAAGGGCAGCAGAAACUCGCAGUCCGGCUCUUUCGCCGAAACCUCAUCAAUUUGCAGACGGAGGAGAACCUGACUUUGCCGGAUGGCUAGCUAGUCAAUCCAAGUCCAAAGCAAAGAACCCAUUGCCAAAGGGGCUAAAGAAACCCUCAGCCUCAGGGAGCUCUGGCACCGCACAAGCUAAACGGGCAGAGAUCAAACCCAAGGCACCUCUUCAGUCUGCGAAGAAGAUCGAUACCAAGCCUAAAGACGAACCACUAGAUGACGACGGAUGGGGAGACGCUUGGGAUUGA